AUGGGAAGGCGUAAUUCUGAGAAUAAUGAUCGUCGAACUGAACAAUUCCGUAAACUGUUCAUAGGAGGCUUGACACCCCUCACCACAGAGGCCAAGUUGAAGGACUUUUAUUCACAAUGGGGAGAAAUUGUCGAUGUUGUGGUGAUGAAAGAUAGCCGUACAAACCGCUCAAGAGGCUUCGGCUUCAUAACCUACAAGGAGCCCGAGAUGGUUGAUGCUGCUCAAGCUAACAGACCGCAUGAAAUCGAUGGCAAAACAGUCGAAGCUAAGCGAGCAAUGCCACGUGAAGAUUCGAACAGUCCUGAGUCUCAUAUGACAGUCACGAAACUCUUUGUGGGUGGCCUGAAGAAGGAUGUGACGCAUGAAGAACUGCGUGAAUACUUCAGCAAAUACGGCAAUAUCACCGAGUGCGAAGUAGUUGCUUGGAAGGAGACGGGCGAAUCACGUGGCUUCGGCUUCGUCACCUUUGAUGACUACGAUCCUGUUGACAAGGCUAUAUUAUACAAGCCUCAUCACAUCGGCUCCAGCAGAGCAGACGUCAAGAAAGCCCUCAGUAAGGAACAAAUCAACACAAUGAAAAAGAAACAGGAGUCCAGGAACGACUACAAUAACAACUAUGGUGGUGGCGGUGGUUAUGGCCCAAUGGGUGGUGGCUAUGGCGGAUAUGACGGAGGAUAUGGAGGCUCAUACGGAGGUGGUCCUUAUGGUGGCUACGGUUCAAAUGGUGGAGGUGGUGGUACCUACGGCGGAGGUUAUGGAGGUGGUUGGGGUCCGAAUCACAUGAACGGAGAUGGCCCGGGCUGGGGUCAAGGAGGGAUGGGUGAUGGGUUCGGUCACUACGGGAACCAACAGAACUACGCCGGCGGUCCAAUGCGGGGUGGUCCACCAGGAGGUUACCAACGGAAUGCUCCCUACGGAGGGGGGUAUGGCCGUCGUUAAUCUCAAACAGGUAAGGAUUUUCUAGUAUGAGCAUGUUUUUCAACGUCUAAUUGCUUCUUCGUAUCCGUUGCAGGGUUAGUAUGGCCUCAACAGUUUGGUCUAGGCAGUUCUACUAGCAGAGGAGACAGAGUUGUCCUAGCGCCCUCAGGUUCUAGGUCAGCCAGCAGAAAGUCGACAGCCUGUCUAUAGCUGAAGAGGCCAGGGAUCCUAUUAUUCACUGUGUAUAUAAAUAAUGUUGACUGUUAAUUUUCACUGCAUGUGCAAUCGAGCGUUCUUUUUAACUGUCAUGUCCAUCGCGAGUUAGCAUUCUAUUGAGAGUGACUUUCAUCUAUAAGUGUAAAGUUUCGUAUCAUAUAUGCAUAAGCCCAUGCAGCAUAAUUUUUUAACUCAGCUUUGUCACUAGUAUUAAAGGAAAUAAAAGUGUUGAAGCCAGUUAGUCUUUUGAGUUAUGAGUUUUGUUUGUAGCAGUGAGGGAGAUAGAUGCCUACUGGGCGGAAGGCGAAGUUGGCUUGUUAGGCCUUCCAGCCCCCUUGUUUAAGCGAGCCUGUCUCUGCACAAGGCUCCUCAAAAUGUAAGCUAGGCAGCAUUUCUGGAGUUUGGUGCAGUGUUAGGUCCCAUUGUUGCGUAUACUGGGUUUCAGGGAUUGGAGGCCAGUAACAAUUCACCCUGUUCACAAUUUUUGAGUGGUUUUGCAGAUCUCCUUACGGUGCCCGCUGGAGGACUGUAGACUCGUUCGUGGAAUGGAGCGCGAUGGACUCGGGACCGUCUGCACUUGUAUGACUGUGAGUCCCAUUUUGCAUGCUAUGAAAAAUGGUCAGAAAUAAAUUUGCGGAUUCGCUCCGUGUGUAAAUACAUCUUUCUUUUUGAUCACCUUUGUUGGUGGGUGGUUUUGAGGCUGGUUGGUUUUCCGAGUGCGGGACGUAGGAAGGAUCGGCGCGUUAUCUCCCACCGUCGGAUCCGUUUGUUGAUAGAAACCCCUGGACUUUGUGCCAAGCCUUGCAGGACCCAAUGACUUGGAUUCUCAAUGUCCACGCCUGUUGUGUGUAGGUGUACGCGUGCCACUUCGUGGCAAGUUAUGAACAAUCUCAGGUCAGUUGGCUAGGAAUCCUGUUUAAGAUCUGACAGUACUACUACCGGACACUCCCUUUGAGCUUACGGGUGGUAGUGGCCGGCUGUGGUUGACUUGCCAGGUGCGUUGGCCGUGUUCUCUACCUCGCUGGCCUACUUUUUGUGCCCAACAAGACUACUUAGUGCUGAGAGUUAGGUGCGUGGUCGGUGAGCGUCCUUGAGGUGUUACUGGAUGGGCAGAAUGGUUGCUUCUCCUGCCUAGCGAUGUGGUUGGUUUCUUUGGCUGCUCGCUCCGGGAGUCGGUCUGCUUCUCCCUGGCUGACGGUCGUUGCUUGUCAUCCCUGGUCAGAUGUUUCCAAUGUGGUGGUGGGUCGUCCUCCUAGUCUAGUACAUCCCUCGAGAAGCUGUGCCAGUUCGGAGCAGUCAGAAGUGGUCAGAGCAUUUGUUUGUUCUGCGGUCUCUGUCCUCACUCCGUGUGCUUGCCGAUCUCCGGUACGGUUGGGGAGGGAUUUCCCUGUGGUUUCCCACGUUCCGGUAGCUGGCCCUUGGACCUCAUGCGUAGACUUAUGUUAUUUAGAUGUGUUGUUUGGGGUUACAAGGCUAUUAGCUCGUGUAAGGCCUCUUCAAACUGUUUGACGGGUUCUGGUGUUACAUGUUGUCCAGGCAUAUCUUCAAGUCGUGGCUUCGGCUACUAAGGUCGUCAUGCUUUGCUGUUGGUGUGUAGGCAUGUCGUUGUGUGGUGUUUUAGUAUUUCCUUCAUCCCCAGAGUUUUUGUACGUAGCAGUGGAUGACUGAUAACUGCUUGUGUGCUGGGAAUCUAGGCUCGCUUCAUCCGAUCCAGGUGUUUUGAGGCGAACAAAUCCGUACGGUGAUCCCCAAUACUUUUCACUGAGCGAAUUCCAUCUAGAGGUCCGCCACGCGGGUUUUCGUUUCCCUUGAGGAAUCGGUGGUUCGUUGGGCACGUGUCUGAAGUUUAAUCUACCGGGUAAUGAGUAGGUUUGUGUGAGGCAUGAGUGGGUCCGUAGACGCGUUUAUUAUGUCGAGAAUCCUCAGUGAUACCACUGAGAAUCCAGGUUUCCUCCAGCUACUUCUCGAUCUCCAUAUUCACCUUAGUUGCAUCUGACACAAACGUUCUGUCAGUAAUCUGACAUUUUCAACUAGUUAGUUGGCUUGUCUCCAUGGUACGACCAGCUAUGUCAGAGUAUAGUUUCUGGAUCCUUAGUGUUUAGUGCGUAAUCUGAAAGUGUUUACAUCCACUCGGUUUUCCCGUCGAGCAGUCUUCCUUCUACAACCACGGACAGAGAUGGUCCUGUAGGUAGAUGUGGUGACUGAUGCUCUAUGUGAACGCCUUAAAUGAUAUUAACUGAUGUGUCUUCACCAUACUGGCGAAGUUGAUCUAUCAGUACUCAGUGAAUAUGCUUUUAUGACGGCCCCUGCCAGUAUUCAGGUUUAUUUUGGUUUUGUUGCGUAUUAUUCGGGACUGGAAGAUUACAGUUUUUGUGAUGGGUGGAGACGCUGAUCAUUGAGGGCCGCGGUGCUAACGUUCGCUCAUGGUUAGCUUCCUGAAGAGAUUGUACCAAGUUUGCUGGAGAUCACUGACUCCGUCCGCUAGUCACAUUCUGAGAUAAAUACUGAAUUUACACCAAGGCCUUAUGGAGGUGAAGUAUUGUGACAAUACUUUAGAGUAUUGUGAAUCAUCUUCCGUCCCGACACACUCUUACCCCGAGAACACCGAAUUGCCAUUAGAGUAUUAGAGAAAUAAAACUUCUGACAAGUUACCUCACCUAAUAUCGAUCCGGGUGAUUUUUGAGGUCUGCAGUAGUUUUCUGAAUUACGAUUGUUGGUCGUAGAUUGUUCACGUGCAAGUGAGUAGACUCUGUGGCCUCUCCUUGUAGCUUGAGGGUUUUCUUAUCCCCGAGUAACCAGGGAGGGUUGACGCUUUAUGUUCGAAAGUCAUGAAUAAAAUCAGACAUGACAAUCUGGUUGGGCAACAAAAUCCCAAACACAUCUGGUGAUGAUUGGCUGUACAUCUUAGUGUUAACAUAGCCACUGUUUGGUAGCGAGUGGAGGAAGUUUCGUGUGAAUAUUAGGUGUGACGAUGUCAACCGUGGGCGACACACGGAAGCCAGAAAUUCUUUAGCGUGUGUCUGUCAAUAACAGUCUACAGUAGCCUCCUGCAUGGUGUCCAUCAAAAUUCUUAUCUCGAAGCCGGCCACCUAUGUGUAGAGUAAUAUGAGACAUUUUGUUUUAUCGCUUGCCUUGCUCACAUGUAUCUUGGCAGUAUCCAUUUCCAGCGCGUGUUUAUGCGGAAGUCUACAAUGGAAGUCGCUGGUUGGGGACUUCAGGUGACAUGACGUAAAAUCCAUAUCAAUGGCUCACAUGAACUGAAAACGUCAGAGUUAGAUGUCGUACAUAAAUGCAUCGGUUCAAGUUGCCACACUUAGCAGCAGUACACGGAGAAAGGUGGGAUAGACAAAAAGUGGUGUUAAAGUAUUCGAGGUUGUUUGAGAGAGUAAAUAUCCUGAAGAUAAAAGUUAGUGCAAAUACUAUAGCUUUGGAAGGUGCAAGAGAGUGAACAUGUGUUCCAUGUCUCACAGCUGUAUAACAAGACAACGAACUGCAGCACAGCAUACUCUUCAUUUGAUGGGCAGUGUGAUAUGUCGCCAAUUGGCGUCAGAGAUGACUCAAGUUGGAAGAUGUCAAAGGGGACUUUUGUAUCCAGGCUUCAAGUUCGUCAGUGAGCUGAUGCAAAUCCCCAAUUAGGUGAAGUGUUCGACACAUUCUACCACUGGGGAUAGUUGCAGUCCAGUCUUGGAGCAACGUCCUACAUUUGACAAGUGCCAGCGAAAUGCGUGCCAAACGUACUCAGGUUUCUUCUUACCACGUUUGGAAGACCCUUCAUUUUGUCGGCGUCCUCACCCAGCAGGACAAUGUCGUCUGAAUACUCCAAGUCGACCAGAUUACCGCAUGGAGUAGGUCGAUCCCUGUGAAGUCAGACUUACCUAGGGUUAUGUCCAGUAGUAUGUCUAUAACGAAGUUAAGUAGGAACGGUGACAGUGGACGUUCCUAGCGGAAGUGAUUAGUUGACGUCACCUCUGAUGAGAACUCUCGACAAGCCGUUACACAGAUGUGUGAGUCCGAGUAUAGGGCUGUGAUUGGCGUUAUACACUCACUCGGUACUAUCCUCAUAGCCAGAUUAUAUCGCACGAUUGACAGAGUUGGAUGCCGACUUCCAGUUAAGAAACACGCCAGGUGUCUGCCACUGGCCAGUAAGUAUCCUUCUGUCGGAGGGUCUAAUCAUGAUCAAUGCACACUCGUCCAGGUCCAUCUAAAACGUGCCUGCCUUUCUCGAGUUUAGUGUUAUCGAGCUCUAAUUAGGGAUCGGAUAAAUAUGGACCCUGGGAUCGUGGACAAAGUACUAGUCAAACUAAUUGCCUUAUUGUUGUCACAAGAAGAUAGAAUGGGAUAAUCAAUGGAGUAGGUCAGUGUGACACCACUACCUCUGAUUCCCACAUACUGCCUAGUACCUUCGUCAUUUCACUUAGCAACUAUCUUCUUCCAUCCUUCGAAACUUCAAGUGACAAACAGUCAGAUCCUGAUGCUCUUCAGUCUUCUCAUGUUCGAUUCACCCUUCUCAAGUCCAAGGGGAGUUGAAGGAUUAACAUUUACUCACCCUUCGGGUUCAGGCUGGAUGUUGGGUAACUGAAGCGUUGUUGAUGGCCAGUGCAACUGUGCUUCGAAGUGUUCUGCUUCAUGUUCUAGCCGCCUAUCCUGGGAGGUUAUCAGCGUUGCAUCCUUUUGGGUGAUGGUUUCACCAACCAUCGUUCUCUUCUUGUCAGUAUCCUUAAUCAGCUCAAAUGGUCGCAAAGUGUUACCCGACGCUGAUGCCUCCUUAAUCUGUUUCGCUCUCACCACCCACCAUUGCCCGCGAUCGACGCGAAGACUCUUGGUCAACUUGUGUUUAGGCUGCUUUCGCUCAUCAUGGUUAGAGCCGGAUGGAACCAGCCUUCUCUCAUCAAUCACUUCGGAUGACGUUGCGGAAAUCCAAUGACGUUCACUAACUUUGGAGUGUGGGUUACCAAUUGUCUUUACUGCUGUUUCUACAACAGAUGUAGUCUCAUGCUAGGGCUCCUCAGGGUGAGCACUGGCAUCAUAUUCGGAUAAAUACUUGGCUAACCACUCAGUUGAUGCGUACUUGGAGUCCUCAUCUUCCAGUCGAGCACAGAUAGGCCUCACUGCCUCCCGUUUUCUACUGCCAGUAAGGCACAGAAAUACACCAGCCCAUAUAACGGGUGAUCGGAGUCAAAACUGGCACUUCAGAGAGAGCGGUAAUCCCCCAUCGAUCCGCUAUAGAAAUGGCCCAUAGCAAUGUGAUGUAUCUGUCUCCAUCGUUGGUUUGAAGUUGGCAGACGUCAUGUGAGAGAGUGCCUCUCCUUAUACCUAAAUUUAGUGCUGGUCAGAGACAAGUGAUUAUCGGAACAAAAUUGCAACAAACGGUCACUGUUGUCGUUUCGUUGGCAUGAGAUUCCGUAAAUACCUACCUCCAAGUCGCCUUACCGAUUGGCUCAGAUUGCCUACUUGAGCGUUAAAGUCACGUGCCAUUGUGACUAUAUCUGAAGGUUUUGCUUUGUGUGGUAAGGUCGACAGCUUUUGGUAGGACUCAUCCUUUGCGUCAUCACAGCCACAGUCGAUAGGUGCAUGGGCGGAUACUACGAAUGUGUGUCGGUUUGUCUCACGACCGCUGUUUGUUUUUAGAGAUCCCUUUUGGUAGGCAGCAUAUGGGUGGUACUGCUGGUCGACCUGGGAAACACCUUUCUGUCUCAUACCUUGUAGGAAACAGGAAUACAACUUCGACUUAGGAACAGGUUGUAAUAUAGUAAUUUUUUUACAGCAGUAAUUGCUUUUCGUCUUAACGCUAUUCAGGCGAUGUUUUGGCAUUAUGUGACCGCGAAGGAAUAAGCGUUUAACGAACAUAAUUCGUCGGAUCAUUGUGACAUGUAAGGGCGACCACCACGUCGUAGGAGCAGCUUUUGGCUCAGAUUCAUCUGCACAUUGUUUUCACCCCAAUCUUUAUACUGAUUUUCGCGGUUGCCUCAUUUUUUUCUCUUUUCAUGACUCUAACGAUUUGACUGCAUUUUCGCUCAUUCCUGUGAUACCUUUUACCGUGAUAUGUGAAUAUCAGGUGUUGUAAUGUGGAUCCUUCAGUAGUAAUCCCAGGUUCCACAUUGGUUUUCGGUUCAUUUUUUCUUGAACGCAGCCACCUGAUGAGCACUGACAGUGAUAUCACACUGUAGGAUACUAGGUAGUUCUCUAAUGUUGGUGAUUAGGUCAAGAUUACACGAUAUUGAGGCUGUAUUGGCUGGUCAACAUUAACAAUCCAUCUCCUCGCAUCUGCGUAGAGACGUCUUCGGUUAAUGACCUAAGUUUUCGUUUCGCUUUCAAGCUGUCUUGGUCACUGAUGACAUACCCGACUGCCUACGAAAGGUAGGGUGAACCCUCUGUCCUACUAUAUGGUGAGGAACGUGGCUAUUAAAGUUCGAUGAUAUUAAAAAACACUACGUGUUCGACCACCAUUAUCUUUAUAGCAAAUGUUGUGUAUCGUGAAAGCACCACCAGUAACGUGGAUGCCACGUUUAAGGUCAUUUGUAAGACAGGGGAAUACGUUUAUGGGGUUAUAAACCUUCGAAAACUUGGGUGGCUGAGAAAUUCUACUCAUGUCUUUAUCACUGUAUACCGUGAAGUGUAAUCUUAGCUAAGGGUUUCUUGGACUGGGGAAGGUUAGAGGUGACCAAACUAAUAUGUGGUAUCAGUUUCUAAAGUCUAUGACCGUUAUUCUAAUCCGUGUACGGAAAUGUAAACUUCGAAGAUGAGGUUCCCAGCUGAAUGAACGGUUAGUUGCGAUUGUCUAGUACAACUGGGCUAAGGCAACCAACUCUUUUUGGCUAGCAUGGACUUGGGGAAUAAAGAGAGACAAUGUGUGACGUGGAGGUCACCGUCUUCAGUUGGACGGUAGACUCAGAUGGACCAUAUUGCUAUCACUUAUCGCUGACAGAUAGAUAAUAUCAGCGUAGAAUAUCGCACACAAUGACAUCGGUCCAAGUUGCCACACUUCUCAGUAGUACACGAAGAACAGUUGGAUAGAAGAAGAUUCAUGUUAAAGUAGAUGAGGUUGUGUGAGAGAGUAAACAUUUUAAAGAUAACGGUUAAUGCAAAUAUUCAAGCUUUGGAAGAUGGUAAAGAGUGAGUAUAUCUGUGCCAUUGGACAGAUUUUCAGCCAUGUCACCUAUAUUUCCCAAUCACUGCUUCUUUCUGUCUCUGGGAGCCCAUCCAGGCAGUCUACAUCUCCCAACACAGCUCACGCCAGCAGUCAGGGUCUUCAACGACUGGUGCAACUUCUUAGUCUGGCUAAUCUGAACCCUCUUCCAACCUAGUUCAGCCUGCUGGAUCAUGUCAUGUCGAGGUAGGCGGUGGCUUGGUAUGCACAACAUAUGUCCAAGCCACCUCAGCCGAUGAAGGUUCGCAGCCUCAUUUACCGACUUGGCUAUCUUGCCUAGUACGCUUCGGCUGACCUUCACAUUUCACACAGUAAUUCCACCCGACGCAAGCAAUCCUACGAAGACAUGGAUAACCAUGUCCCAGUAACCGCUUCAUAUCUUCUAAUUUUAAUGGUCAUGUCUCAGCUGUAUAACAAGACAACGAA